AUGGUUUGUGGCACGGAAAAUAGGGACCGAAUGAGAGCGGAAAGAGUCAAGGAGGACUACUGGAAAACCUGUUGGAACAUCGGGAACCUUAUGGGUGAUGCAACUCCAUUUCUCUGGGGACUCAUCCGAGAGACACAAGUCUUCAAGCUAAUUCUCUGUGCAUCAAAACUCUCGAAUGAUGAAAGAGACACGUCGCAAUUGGAGGGUGUGCUUGGAAACAUCAAUCGGCGUCCAUUCAUGAGUCGGUGUGUUCAAGAUACAGGAUUCAACGAUGAUUUCAAAAGGAAUUUGAACAAUGGAGGACUUGGUGAAUGGGAGAGACUGAUGCAAUGGAUCGAUUUGGAUGAUGCGCAAAGACUCGAGAACGACCGGAAUGCUCCAGGGUCAUCAACUAGCUAA